AUGGCAGCUUCAAAAGCAAAGAUUUUUACCAUACCUGGGAGGAUACGUGAACUGUGUCUAAUUAUUUAUUUCCUCAUUGUUCUGCAUUCACUUCAUGUUAGUUGUGAAGAGUAUUCCGGCUAUGUUUCUGGAGAUGGUGACAAGCAUGCCUUUGAAGGGUCAGUAGCUGGAGACUUACACAGAGAGCCAUCAGAAUUCAUCGAGUCAGGAAGCGUUCCCUUUGAGGAAGAAAUGUCUGGCGAUGACUUUGUAAUCACAGCAACACAUAUCCCAGAUAUUACUGAAAGUGGAUCAGGACUUUAUCCUGAAAUGUUAGUACCAGAUCCUGAUGACGUUUACGCCAUCGCUUCUGGAUAUCCAGACAUUUCAGAAACUGGUUCCACUGGGCCCGCGGUAGAGAUGAGCACAAAUAAAGGCUAUCCUUACACUACCCCGACAGUUUCUUAUACUACUGCCAAAGAGGUCAUCACCAGCACAAGAAUAUUCCCAUUCAGCUAUUCCAGAGAAAUGCCGCAGGUGGAGGAGGAGUUGCUGCCAGUCCCUGAUGUGGGACAGAAGGAAGUUACUGAUGUGCUAGAUACAUUAAAAAUAUUGAGCAUACCAGGAAUUAAUGUAGUGGAAGGAUCCAAAAUAGGCCUAACAGCCUAUCGCCUAGAAAGAAGUAUACAGAUUGGGAAAGAAACAAGAUUUGUUCAUCCAUAUGGAUUCCCCAAAGAAUUCUCAUUGGUCUCGACCUUCAGAAUGAGAGAAGACACUCCUGAGAUGGUGUGGAAUCUAUGGGAAGUGACCGAUAGAAACGGGGAUGAGCAGCUCCGACUUCGCCUGUAUGGAGAGACGAAUGCAGUUGAAGUCUACAAUGUGGCAGCUGUGGGAGAGGAGAUCACCAUCUUUGAGAACAUAGGACAGCUGUUUGAUGGGGCCUGGCACAAGCUGUCAUUAAGCGCCAAAAGGAACCAGUUAACUUUGCUUGUUGACUGUCAGCAGGUUGGCACAGCCCCCAUUAGACAGUAUGGAUCUAUUACUACUGAUGGAUUUACCUCUCUAGCUACAGCAGCAAAGGCUGAUUCUACACUACUAGUGGAUCUACAACAGUUCAAGAUUUAUAGUAAUCCAAAUAAAGCAGCUGAUGAAAGGUGCUGUGAAAUUCCAGGAAUUUGUGACGCUCUAGGAAUUGAAACCGCCUCAGCAGAAUGUGACUGUGUGGCUGCUAUGUCUGGUUUCCCCGGUUUCCCUGGUUCAAAGGGUUAUGAAGGUGAGGAAGGUACCAAUGGAUUUCCUGGACCUCAGGGCAGAAAGGGUUACCAAGGUUUUAAAGGUGCCCAGGGGAGAAGGGGUGAUCAAGGGGAAAGGGGCGAGGAAGGAAUAGAAGGAUCUGAAGGGGAUCCUGGUUACUCAGGAGCCAUAGGACUCCCUGGUCUCCCUGGAGAGAAUGGUGUUGCUGGAGAACCUGGGCAAAAGGGUUCAGUUGGACUUCCAGGCCCACGAGGGGAACCAGGAUCCAAAGGUGAAAAUGGUGAUAUCGGAAUAGUUGGUGAAGAAGGCAGACCCGGUCCCUCGGGUGAAAAGGGCUCUCGAGGCAAACCAGGUGCAAUUGGAUCUCCUGGUGCCAUGGGACCAAAGGUUUACUACGGCUUCCCUGGUGAGCUUGGAUUCUCAGGAGAUGCAGGAGACCACGGCUAUAUGGGAUAUCCAGGAUUAAUAGGACAGAGGGGACCACAGGGCAGAAAGGGUGCUGUUGGACUCAGUGGAAUCUCUGGUAUAGAUGGGGAGCCAGGCAAAGAUGGUCUACUGGGAGUUCCAGGUUUAGCAGGUGAAACAGGACAAAUAGGAGCAAAGGGAAACAGAGGGGACCCAGGGCCAAGAGGGCCACAAGGGCUGCGUGGUUUGCAAGGACCUAAAGGCAAUGCAGGGGAACCUGGAAUACCAGGAAAGCCAGGUGCUCAAGGAAUAAAAGGUUUACCUGGUCCACAAGGUGAAACUGGUCCCGAUGGUCAAAAGGGUGAGACCGGCAAAGUUGGUUUAGAAGGCAAACAAGGGUCUCAGGGUGACGAAGGUGACAUAGGUGAUGAAGGCCAGCAAGGACAGCGUGGGACCCCUGGUUUGUUUGGAAUAGAUGGCAGAAGAGGCGUUCCUGGAAUCCCUGGACCACGUGGUUUUCCUGGUUCCAUGGGAGAGUCGGGUGAACCUGGGCCAGCAGGAGAACCGGGAUCUGAGGGCUCUCAGGGUCCAGGAAUGCCUGAUGAACAAGUAUAUGAGUUAUGUAAAAGUGUGAUAAAUGAGCAGAUAGCAAUCUAUGCAUCAGCAAUCAGACGGACAUGUAUGACAGCUUGUCCAACCAACAAUGUAACACUGAUGGGACCUCCUGGUCCUUCUGGGUUGCCAGGGAAACCAGGAGAGCAAGGUAAACCUGGUCUUGAUGGAUUGGAGGGUGAACGUGGCCCAAGGGGUAGAAUUGGAUUUGCUGGAUCACAAGGAGCUCCUGGUGCUAAAGGAGAUCAAGGUGACAAGGGUGAAAAGGGAGCUCAGGGAGUUGGUCUUCCUGGUCCAGAAGGGUUUCAAGGCCCUAGAGGGUAUCCUGGGUAUCCUGGUGUUGACAAAGAAGGAAAGCCAGGUCCACGGGGCCCAGUGGGGUACACUGGGGCUCCUGGCCAGCUAGGAUUGCCUGGUAAUCCAGGGAUUCCUGGGAUUUGUGAAGCCAGAGACUGUGGAAUUCAUGCAGCUGCCCUUCAGGCUCAACAAGGACUCUUGAAAGGGCCGGGUUAUUAACAUUCAGCCGGUGACAAAGGUCAUUUUAGAGUACAAAAUAAACCACCGUACUUUGAAAGUUAUAGGAGCUACAGGUGUAUAUCCAAUACAAGGAUUAUCAUUAUUACGAGCUGGUGAUGAAGCCAAGUACUACUGAUCAGAAUAUAACAUUUGAUGACCCUAAGUCCCAUAGUAAAUCAAGUAAUAUUCAGGAUGAAAAAUGUAUGUAUUUCCUCGUUGUUUUUGAAAUAGUCCAUUUCUUAUUAGAAUGGUGCUUUGUUCUUGAAAUUAUGUAUUUAUGUAAAU